UUUAAUGGUAUAGAUUUAGCUUUCACAAAUCAGACCUUUGACUUGAUGUCUGGACAAGCUGUGAUUCAUGCAACUGGUCUCAGAGAUUGUCUGAAAGACUGCUCCUACAGAGGAAGUUCAAUAAUGCUUCCUUGUAACGAACAAUACCAAAAGCAUUGCAUUUUUCAAGCAAGCAUGAGUGUGAGAGUACCGUACUUUCACAUUUUUAUUUGAUUUUUGAUGCAAAUAAUCCUUCAAAAAUUCUAGGUAUUCUCUUUCAAACUAUAAAAGGCUUAUUCUAGAACUCAAAACCUUUUUAUAGUCAAGCAAGUCUUAGAAAGCCAGGAGGAGGAAGCUGUUGGGUAAAGGUCAGCUGCCUCUUACUCAUAGAGAGGCUUAAGGUUUUUACUCUUGGAUGAAUCUUAAACAGUUUCAAUU